CUGUGUGGACUGCGCCUUGGCAACUCAGUGUGCAGGGGGGGACAGGUGGGUGGUGGCGUGAAUCAGAGUGAAGCUCUGGAUGUCACGGGGCAAGAGAUAGGUGUGUGUACUUAGGAGGGGUGGUGAGCCUGGAUGGGGGGAUAGUUCAUCGGGCAGGUGUGUAAGGCAUAGUUUGAAAUAAGCAUACAACAAGUAUGUGGGGGGUUUCGCUUGAAAGAAAACCCCAGAAUUGAAUGUCCAGACUCCUGAGUUCUCUUCAUAACCUUGGGCCAACCUCUUUUAUUCUCUGGGCCUUACUUUUCCCGUCUGAGAAAUGGAUCUGAGGGUCAUUGAACUCGCUCUUCUCUGCCUGAGUCUCUCUCAAGUCAGGGGAUGGUUGAAGGUGAGCCUGUUUUUCAACCGGUAUUUGUCUUCCCUGUGCCCCCAGGAAGCCCAUCAGAGUGUUCCCCCGGCCAUGGACAGCCCUAGUCUUCAGGAGCUUCAACAGCCUCUCUUGGCAGGCACAGCCUGUGACCCCCCUGCCCAGAAGCCUGGCCAACCUGAGCUGGGGGCCCCCUUAAGAGAGACAGCCUUUGCAGAGUCUCUGAGGGGUUGGCAGUCCCCACCACCACCUUUUUCCUCUGUGAGUGCUGGCCUGGGGGAGCCAGAGCCUCUGGACCUUGAGGAUACGACAUCCAGUGACAGUGACUCUGACUGGGAUGGGGGUGGCCAUGUCUCCCCGCUUCUACCCCAUGACCACCUUGGCCUGGCGGUCUUCUCCAUGCUGUGUUGCUUCUGGCCUGUGGGCAUCGCUGCCUUCUGUUUGGCCCAGAAGACCAACAAGGCUUGGGCCAAGGGGGAUAUCCAGGUGGCAGGAGCCGCCUCCCGCCGCGCCUUCCUGCUGGGGGUCCUUGCCGUUGGCCUGGGCCUGUGCACAUAUGCAGCUGCCCUGGUGACCCUGGCCACCUACCUUGCCUCCCGAGACCCGCCCUAAUUGCCUCUUCGGCCCCCACUGUGA